AUGACAAUCCAAAACAAACAAAUAAACUAUUUUUACUCAAGAUUAAGUGUCAAAUUUGAGAGAUUAGUGCAAUUUGCUAAAGCAGAACCUAAGCCCAAUGCGCCCUAAUCACGAAAUAUAUUCCCACUUUUUAAAUAUCGAAGAAAAAAUAUAAUUAAUUAAUUAGUUAUUUAGGAGAAAAAAAUGAAGAAAAAAUAUGAAAUAGUAAAAAAUGAAUUAUUAAUAAUAAAAUAAGUGUUUAAAAUAUAAAAAAUGAAUGAGUUAAAUUAAGAAAGUUAUUAGAAAAAAAAGCAAGUACAAUAAAAAAGAAAAAUAAAUUAAAUAAAAAUCAAAUAAACAAAUUUAAUUUCUUUAAAUUCAUUUUUAUAACUAAAAAUAUCACAUCCAUAACAAAUAUACUAUUUUUACCAAAGCUUAAGUGUCAAAUUUGAGAGUUUAGUGCAAUUUGCUAAAGCAGAACCUAAGCCUGAUACACCGAUAUCACCAAUUUAAUUCGCACUUUUAAAUAUGAAGAAAAAAUAUAUAAUUAUUUAGUUAGUUAUUUACAAGGAAAAAAUAGUGAAAUAAGAAAAAAAACCAAAAGUACAAUAAAAAAGAAAAUUAAAAAUAAAUUAAAUAAAAAGCUAAUAAACGAAUUAAAAGAUAUAUUUUGUUUUAAAUUCAUUUUUUAUAACUAAAAAUAUCACAAAAAAAAAAAAAAUAAACUAUUUUUACUCAAGAUUGAGUGUCAAAUUUGAGAGAUUAGUGCAAUUUGCUAAAGCAGAACCUAAGCCUAAUACACGUUAAUCAUCAAUUGAACUGAAACUUUUUAAAUAUUAUGAAAGAAUAUAUAAUUAAUUAGUUAUUUGGAAGGAAAAAAUGAUGAAAAAUGUGAAAUAAUUAGAAAUAAAUUAUAAAAGAAAAGGUUAAAAAUAAAAAAAUUAGUUAAAUUAAGAAUGA